AUGCGGCACGGCGGUAGGCGCGCGGUCGAUAAUGUAGAUCCGCCCCUUCCACCUCUCUCUCUUCGCAAAAAGUUCUAUCUCCCCGUGUCCGGCCUCGUUAUGAAGGGAAGGGACACUACUGGGAGCGAGCCGCUCUCGAUGAAAAAGCUAGUCUGGAGAUCUAAUGGCCGCGAGGCCACAGCAAGCCAACAGAGGCGAUGUCUUUAUCAUUGCCAUGGUCCGAUCCAGAAUAUGCCGUCCCGAUAA